AUGAUUUUAUAAGCUAAAUUAGGUAGAAUUUACCUAAGAUAACCCAGGAAAGUCAAACACUGUGGUUUAAUUUCCACGGGUCCUUACAUAAGCAUAUAUAUAGAUGGUUUAUUUAUAUAUUAUACUGUAUAUGUAAAUCAAGAUUAUGGAGCAGUUUAUAAUUAUAACUAAUUUUUGAAGGGGUAAGCCAGUGGAAGGUCUCGUUCAGAUGCCCAAAACCUCCAGGUGUGGGUCAUAUAACUAUGACCUGCGUCAGGAAACACUUGUCCUGUUUCUUGACAAAUCUAUGGUUAAUUAAGGAAUACAUCAGAUCAAGAAUGAAUUAAGAUUAUUUUAACAGUAAAAUAAGCCACUGUCCUGCCUUCAUAGGAUCCAAGGAAACCAGUGUCAUCAGAUUGGCUGUGAUGCCGUCAUGAUCUCCCUGCCAGCCCCUCGUAAAAAGCUUCACGUGCGCGAGGAGCUUGCCAGCCCCCUGCCCGUCCAUGUUGGAUCACCUGCCGGUACACCAGUAAACUCUGCAGCAUUGCAGUGCUAUAAGGCAUGCUAUAGGAGAGGCCUCAUUAUUGUACCCGACCCAGAGCAUGCAGCUUCUCUCUGGCACAAUGGAUACUUUGGGCAUAACAGAUAUGUUUAUACUGAAAAUGACAAUAGAGUCCCUCAGAAAAAAUGCUGGAAGUUAAUUGAGGCAAGUGGUUUAAAGAGUGGACCGUGCUUUAAAGGCCUGCAGACAGCUAAAAGUGAUGAUGACAUGGAAGCUGUCACAAAUGUGGAAAUAAAACCACUGUCAGAUGAUCAGGAAAACUCAGGAAUAAAGGAAGUCCCUCAAAAUAAAUAUGUUGACAUUAGCAUCAGCAGUACUGCAACUGAAAUUAUGGAUCCAGAGAAUAAGAAAGGCUAUAAGACAGUUUUGGUUCUGAACACUGAACGAGAAGGAACAUUAACUGAGUCAGGUCCUGCGGUUCCUGAUGGGUAUCUUCAGCUGUUACCUGAAGAAGCUCUGUUCCUCUCUUAUGCUCUUGGUUGCCUGAUUGUUGUCAGGGAGGAAGCUGCUGUAAAACAUAGUUACAAGUGCAGCUCAUCUUCAGAUGUUCAGGAAUUGACAAUAGAUCAUAUGUGGAGUACUUUCAUAGAGGAUGAUCCUAAGUUUGCAAUUAAAUAUGCUGUUUAUCAUUACUAUAGAACCAAAGGCUGGGUGGUGAAGUCUGGACUCAAGUUUGGAGCUGACUGGGUUCUGUACCCAGUGGGUCCGCCAUUUUAUCAUUCUCAGUACUCCAUCAUGAUACAGUGUGUAUGGAAAGACACACUUGAUAGGGAUGAGACACUCUCAUGGCGGGAGCUGUCGUGGACAAAUAUUUCAGCAGUUGAGCGUCUGAAUAACCACACUAAUAAGACCCCUUUGAUAUGCUUUGUUCUACGGCCAAGAAGUCUGAACAGAGAAAAGAUGAAAAAAAUUGAGUGUCUUAGGGAACUUACCAUACAGGAGGUAAUGCUAUCAAGGUGGAAUCCAAAUGACAAUGAACUAAAAGAUACCAACACUUGAGUUGAAUUAAUUAGUAUUAAUAUUGUUGUCUUGUGAUUAAUUUGUAUCUGCAUUUUUGUUACUGUCACUUAUAUUUUAUUUUAUUUAUUAGAUUGUGCAUUUAUAUAUCAUACAUUUUUUAUUUUUCUAAAAUUACCUAUUUUAACCUUAGAGGGUAUGUUAUAAUUAAUAUAGUAUUGACAUUUAUUAUUAUUAUGUUAUUUAAUAUUUGGUAUACCUGGUGUACAGUAGUAUUUUGUUGUCCAAAUGACAGUAAACCACAUUUGAAACUCAUAUAUGUACUCUGGCUAUUCAGUUGGUUUGAUGUUAUCAUCAAUAAGAGGGUUGUUUUCAGUCCCUUUUAAGGUCAAAAUAAAAAAUAUAGAGAAUGUGA